GCAGUGUGGCCCCUGGACGAAAAGAUGUUCGUCUUCUGGCUGACCCAGUGGUAUGUGGGACCGCUGCUGGUACCAUCGUCCAUAACGUUGUUGUUUUUUUAAUUCAAAAUUUCCUCCGCCAUGGUAUCUUGCGCCGGCGGUGGUAAUAGCCACAGGCGUUCGCUCCUUGAAACCUCACUGCCUUUGGUCCUUCGUGUAUGUGCAAGCGUUGCAGAGCUAUCCGGAGUCUUCAGUGUGUCGUCGUCGGCAGCAGCAAGAGGGGGUUCGAAGCGGAGGUUGACGGGCAAGCUGUCUUCGGUCCUUCGUGUACAUGAAAGCAUUGCAGAGCUAUUCGGAGUCUUUAGUGUGCAGUCGUCGGCAGCAGCGAGAGGGGGUUCGAAGUUGAGGUUGAUGUGCGAGAUGGACGUUGGUGGCAUGGCAGGGCGUGGUGAGGAAGGUGGGCGUGGAGGGCUGACAAAAUGGGAGAACCGAUUGGUAGUGACAACCUUAGUGACAAUGUCCAACCACAUUCAAACGACGAAUGGGUUGAGACAGCAAGCGGCGAGAAGACUUGGGGCGAGGGAGGCCGUUGUCACACAGGCGAUGGUGGAUUCAGUAUUCUCUGCCAUCGUUCGGGAUGCGCCUUUCCUCAUGGCUAAUUCCAUCUUUGCUGGAAUGUUGCCGAGGGAUACGUCGAGGUGAACAUCACAGUCCUCUAUAGGGGAGAUAGGUUAAAGGACAAUUAAAUUUUCAGACAACUUGUCAUGCUAUUUAUAAGAAAACCCAAGGGUUAUUUUAUCCAAACUUGCCAGCAAUCAAUAUGCUCCAAAUGA